GAGCACCCUCUGUACUGAUGAAUAUCCCGACAGUAGUAGUACUAGAAGUAGGCGCAACGCAACUCCAUCAUCAUCAAAAAGCUAUCGAAUCCCCUUUCUAGGGUUUUCUUUUGUUUCAAAUUAUCUCUCUGUUUUAUGGCUGGUGGUGUGUCACAGAUAGCGGAGAUCUGAACUCACAAAAGGAACAGAGCAAAAUGCCGAGGCAAAACCGAACCAUGGAGGAGCUGCUCCCCGGGAAAAUCAGAAAACGAGGCUGUUCAUCGCCGGCAUCGUCUUCUUCUUCGAUUGUCCAGAACUACAGAUUCAAGAGAGCGAUACUGGUGGGGAAGAGGGGCGGAUCCACUACGCCAGUGCCUACGUGGAGACUGAUUGGGGCAAGGACUCCUUCGUCUGCAUUGCGGGCCAUGGAGUCGCCAAAGUACGCGCCGUCUCUGUCAGGCAGUGCGAAGAUGAAGCAGGCGCCGGUUUCGGCGAGGAAGCUGGCGGCGACUCUGUGGGAGAUGAACGGGAUGCCUCGUGAAGACUCCGAGGACAGGAGGUCAAGGAGAGAGGCUAGAGCUAGAGCCAGAGAGAGAAGCGGCGGCCGGUCUGUUCGUUCAGGCUCUCUGCCUCAGCAUUUGUCGGAUCCCUCUCACAGUCCCGUUUCUGAGAGGAUGGACCGAUCUGGAGCUGGUGGUCGCCAGAGAAGAGUGUCAUCUAUUUCUGACAGGCUUAGGCUUACUGAUCACAGUGUUGGAGCACCGGAUUCUGUUAGCAACGCAAGUUUAAUGGAGAUUGAGAGUAGAUCUAGAGCCCAGACUCCUACAGGAUCUACUAUUGGAGUUAAGUCUCGUUUGAAGGAUGCGAGUAGCGCUUUGAUAACUUCUAAAGAGCUACUCAAGAUUAUCAACCGCAUGUGGGGUCAUGAAGAUCGGCCUUCGUCAAGCAUGCCCCUUAUCUCAACUUUAUAUGCUGAGCUUGAGAGGGCUCGGCUUCUGAUCAAUCAGCUUAUCCAAGAACAGCGCUCUGACCACAAUGAGAUCAACUAUCUGAUGAAGCGUUUUGCUGAAGAAAAGGCGGCAUGGAAAAACAGAGAACAGGAAGUGGUUGAAGCUGCAAUCGAGUCUAUCACUGGAGAACUGGAUGUAGAGAGGAAGCUGAGGAGACGGUUUGAAAGCUUGAAUAAAAAGCUUGGGAAGGAACUUGCUGAGACAAAGUCAUAUCUUUUGAAGGCAGUGAAAGAGCUUGAAAAUGAGAAGCGAGCAAGAGUAGUAAUGGAGCAAGUUUAUGAUGGAUUAGCCGGAGAUAUUGGUGAUGAGAAAGCUGAAGUGCAAGAAGUGAAGAGAGAUUCUGCAAAAGUUUGCAAAGAGGUUCAGAAGGAAAGGGAGAUGAUGCAGUUAGCUGAUUUGUUGCGUGAGGAGAGAGCUCAAAUGCAACUCUCAGAAGCUAAAUGUCAACUUGAGGAGAAAAAUACUGUAGUUGAUAAACUGAGAAGUCAACUUGAAGAUUUUCUAGGAACCAAAAGAACGAAGGAAAAAGGACGCGGUUCUAUAUAUCAUCUAAAUGAUGAAGAUGUUGCAGCUUAUUUGAGUAAAGUCCGAUCCGGUAACCAUCAAAAAGAAGUUUACGAGGAGGAUGAAGGAGAAGUAGAUGAUGGGGUGGAGUGUGGAGAAGGUUCUACUGAAAGUGAUCUACAUUCCAUAGAAUUAAACAUGGAAAACAACAACAAGAGUUACAAGUGGAAUUACCCUCUGAAUACUGAUCUUGAUGUAAGAAAAGCUCUAGUUGAUGAAGAAGAACUCACGGGGAGGAGGUCUGUUUCUGGAAAAGGGCCAAGGAAAAGCACGUCUCUGCAGAGAAGUGCAUCAGAUGGCGUCGAAUGGGGCAUCCAAACUGAAAGGGUCCAAAGUCCCGGAGAUGCAAUAGAUUGGGGGAGAUUUACUGAAAUGGAGAAGCAAGCUCAGGUUAAAGGUUAUGGCGAUGAUGUUAACGGGUACAAAUCAGCAAGGGGUCUCAGAGAACACAUUUUGUCGGGCAAUAUAAUUGGUUCUGCUGGAGUUUAUGCUAGUCCAGUGCGGCAACGUGGACAGGCGUUGCCUGCACGAGAAUAUGGAACCGCGGCUCAGGAGAGGCCUCCUACAGCGCCUGGAACUGUGUUCAAGUCAAGGCUAGGUGAAGGCCAGAAUGCAAGAAGGUCCAGAUGGUGAAAAAAUCUCAAAUGUGUUGAUACACACUUUGUUCCAUCAUCCUAGAGUAACUGACUUGUUAUGGAGAAUUAUAGGCACCGGCAGCAUUAUUGAGAGGUAAUAUGGAUACUAGCCCGGUGCCAAACUAUUUAGACUGUGAGAUGUUAUCUCUUGUGUAUAAUGCUUUUGCUGCUUUCAACUUAAGCUGCCUUAGUUGCAGUAAUCGCUGCUCGCUAAUAGGAACUGGUGUUGAGGAAUCCAUGUAAAAAAAAGUGCUAAACAGGCACUAUGCUAGAUUUAUUAAUGUGUGCAGGGCAUGAUUCUGGAGUCUUGACAUCUUUGAGAAA